AUGCGGAGAUGCUGCGGCCCGGCGCCAAUCACGGCCAACGCCAGCCCAUCGCCAGUCACGGCCAACGCCAGCCCAUCGCCAGUCACGGCCAACGCCAGCCCAUCGCCAGUCACGGCCAACGCCAGCCCAUCGCCAGUCACGGCCAACGCCAGCCCAUCGCCAGUCACGGCCAACGCCAGCCCAUCGCCAGUCACGGCCAACGCCAGCCCAUCGCCAGUCACGGCCAACGCCAGCCCAUCGCCAAUCGGCAUCACCCCAAACAUGUCUCCGCUUCUGAAACACGUCUUCACACCGUCACUGAGCGUCGACCGCGUCUGA